UUUACACAUAACGCCUUUGUCCUCUGAUAAAACAUUGCUUGCAUGUUUCUGGAUAUAAAAUUUUAUUGUUAUUCACGGAAAAUUUAUUUGAGACGACGCGAGCGCAAUACAAGAACUAGACGGAGCAGGUCAUGCCAGCAGCGCUAUCGCUAUAGUGAUCAAGCCGACAGUGCGGAGUGUGAACGUCGUUAAUAAACACGUGCAGGACGUGCAUUUUGCUGCAAAAUUUUGUCUUCUGUUGGCAUGGGUGACCACGUACUUGUUAAAUGGGCGUCGGAGGAUAAAUGGGACGUGUAUCCCGUACGCAACAUCAAGUCCCAAACUGUCGUCUGCCAGCUCAUCGAUGAUCCGAAAUGUGUGUCAACGCUGACCAACCAAGCUGUACAAUUCCUCUGGAAGGACGACGAGUACGCCCCAGCAUACAUUUUGGGAAUAGGAUCACAGAUGGCUAUGGAGCACAAAAGAACCAGGCUUGUGAUGGACCAAGCGGCUCCAAGCUCUUCUGCAAGACUGAAGCGGAAGUGCAGCUGCGGAAUGGAGCAGGAACUCCUAAUUCUAAGGCAAGAACUUGAAGACUCAAGGGCAAGAAUUGGCGAGCUUGCUACAGAACUCGACGAGGAGAGAUCCAAAAGGAAGAAGAUCAAAGAUAAAUAUAUAGAAGCCAAAGAGCUACUUGACAUAAAGAAAAUGGCUAGCAAUCUUCGCAAAGCCACAAGCCAGCUCACAGACUCUCUCUCCUCCGCAGCUUCACCGGCACCGGCUAUCGUGCCUGCUGCUCAGGUGGACAUAGGAGAUGGAGUAUUGAUCGACGAAAAGCUCCUAGAAAGGAUUACGCUGAGCACACAGACUCAGCCAUCCAAGUUCGCGAGAGCGCUGCUGCGGGCUGUAUUCACGGUUGAAGAACUUGAAAACAGCUCGUUGAAGGGGAAGGUGUGCCCGGCAAAUAAGGAUGCCCCUCCAAAAAAGGCUUUGGACAAGAGGAGGCUGGACGCAGUAGUGUCCUACACUUGCUCCCUAUACAAGGUGAGCAUCAAGGAGAUCAGGACGAGCCUUGCCUCCAUGCUGGCCCGCAGACAAGUUGGCAGCUCAUCUGAGAUAAUCGCAGUUGGCUGCACCUGAUCGUUGCAUUCAUUCUAAGUCAUUUUAAAAUUAAAACUUUGAGUAUUGUGAUGA